AUGCAGCCGGUUCGUUGCGUUCGGUCUUGGGUGCAGUCAUUACAACUUCGCUUCGUGACGACGACCGAAGCCAUUCGCUCAGGGACAUGGAAGGAACAUCAAUACCAGCUUCUUCUAGGGGCUCAACAGAAAUCUCAGUACUAUUACUCCCAAAAUACGAAGAGAAAGUCUACCAUUACCGGGGCGAUAACAACUAUAUUGGUCCUUUUGUAUAUUUUCUCGCAUCCACUUCUUUAUUUGACUCCCUUCGACGAGCGUGCUUGUGAACAUCCAGUCAUCCGGCUUGUUCAUGAUGCCGAGCAGGCUUUGAACAAAACGUUGGGGCGCCAGUCGAAGUCAUUAGACGAAGCAGUGGCGGAAUAUCAACGACGAUAUAAGAUGCCACCACCUCCCAACUUCGAUAAAUGGUAUACAUUUGCGACGUCGCGAAAAACGGUCUUGAUCGAUGAAUACGAUACGAUAUAUCAUACCUUGCUGCCUUUCUGGGGACUUGCACCCAGUACGAUCCGUUCGCGCGUGAGAGAGGACCUUGGUUAUGAUAACAUCGUCAUGGGCAUUGCCAUUCGCGACGGCAGAGCUACCCAUUUGGGCAAUGGCCAGGGGAGAUACCAGAGAGAUGCGACAAUGACGAUUCUUGACAAGUUUUCCCAAUGGUUACCGGACAUGAACCUGGAAUUCAAUGUACACGACGAGCCGCGAGUGGUAGUUCCGCAUGAGGAGCUGCACAUGUUGGUCUCUGAAGGCUAUGCAGCUCACGCUCGUCUAAGUAGCAAUUCGUCGUUAUUGAACCAAUUCUCGCGGGGCGAUACCAAUGACCCUGUCCCACCAGCGUUGGUCUCCACGACCAGAUUCAACGACAUCCAGCGCCAAGAGACAUGGCUCUCCUCGCGGGUUUCAUGUCCACUAGACACACCUGCUAGAUCUCUGGAUGAUAACGCACCAGACAACUCAAGUGCCUACGCAGUGGGUCCUUUGGGCUUUGUGUUCAACCAGACUGCCGCUAGUGAUGUGUGCAACAGCCCGUCGCUGCGCCAUCGGCUGGGGCUAUUUGGUCGCCCAGAAUCUUUCAAAGUGACAAGCGAGCUAGUCCCGAUGUUUUCCAUGUCCCAUCCAUCUUCAUUCCAGGAUAUUGCAGUCCCCUCUCCGUGGUAUUACGAAAACAUAUCAAAAUUCGACCCUGAAACCUCAGUUCAAUGGGAAGAGAAAAAACCGCAGCUAUACUGGCGCGGAAAGACUAACGGAGGACAUAGCCAGAAUGGCAGUUGGCGUAACCUGCAACGUCAGCGUAUUAUUGGAAACUUGACACAUCCACAAUCGCCCCAAUAUAUCAUGCAACCAAAGAACGAUUCAAGUUGUGGCGCAGGCCACAGUGGAACCUGGGAGGUCCAAAUCGCAAAUCGAUCCCAGAUCAAGGAAUACUUCAAUACCCAUUUCAUCGAGAUCGUGGCUUGCGAUGACGACUGUGAUGAGGAGAAAGAGUUUUUCCACGAUAUUGCGCAAUCAGACCCCCAGAGCGAGGCCUGGAAAUACCGUUAUCUGUUAGAUAUGGAUGGCCAUGGCUACAGCGGGAGAUUCUACGCCUUCAUGCGCAGCAAGAGUGUCCCAUUCAAGUUGACCUUCUUUCGGGAGUGGCAUGAGGAUGUUUUGAUCCCAUGGGUCCACUACGUGCCGAUUAAUAAAGACGGGGAUGAGAUUCCUGAGUUGAUGCGGUUUUUCGAGGAAGACCCUGCCGGUCAGCAGAUUGCUCGAUCUAUCGGUGAAGGGGGUCAGGCUUGGGCGGCUAGGACGAUCAGAAAUGAGGAUAUGGACGUUUAUAUGUUUCGACUUUUCUUGGAAUACGCCCGUGUGCAAGAUGACCAGAGAGAGAACCUGGGAUUUCGGCUAUAG